AACCCCCAGUACGAGGGAACCUUUGUCUUCCCAAAUGACUUCCCUGCACUGCAGCCUGAUGCUCCUGAGCCUGGUAACUCCUGGGGCGAGAGGAGGCUGCCGGGGAUCUGGCUCUGCAAGGUGAUGUGCUUCCACCCCUGGUCGGACCUGACGCUGCCCCUAAUGUCCCUGGCAGAGAUCCGGGCUGUCAUCGAUGCGUGGGCAGAGCUGUCGGCUGAGCUGGGCGGCUCCUACCCCUGGGUGCAGAUCUUCGAGAACAAGGGAGCCAUGAUGGGCUGCUCCAACCCGCACCCACACUGCCAGGUGUGGGCCAGCAGCUUCCUCCCAAACGAGGCGUGCCUGGAGGACCGGACCCAGCGGCAGCACCUGAGUCAGCAUGGCGUUCCCAUGCUGCUGGAGUACGCUGAGCAGGAGGCUCUCCGGAAGGAGCGGCUGGUGGUGGAGAACACGGACUGGUUGGUUGUGGUGCCAUACUGGGCCACCUGGCCCUACCAAACCCUGCUGCUGCCCCGCCGCCACGUCUGCCGCCUCCAGGACCUCCGCGAGGGCGAGAGGGACAGCCUGGCCUCUAUCAUGCAGAGGCUGCUCAUCAAGUACGACAACCUCUUUGAAGUCUCCUUCCCCUACUCCAUGGGCUGGCAUGGAGCCCCCACGGGCCCCUACCUGGAGGAGGACUGCGGGCAUUGGCAGCUCCAUGCCCACUACUACCCCCCGCUGCUCCGCUCCGCCACUGUCCGCAAGUUCAUGGUGGGCUACGAGAUGCUGGCACAGGCACAGCGAGACCUCACCCCGGAGCAGGUGACUGAGCGCCUGAGGAGCCUUCCUGAGGUGCACUACAAGCAGAGGGCCAAGGAGAUGUCGUGA